AUGGACCAACCAGGCAUAAGACAAGCAGACCAAAGCAAAACAGACAUGAAUCAAGCAGUUAUGAGCCCACCAGAUGAAAGUUCAUACAAUACAAAAGAACCAGGGCCAAGCCAACCAAACAUCAACCAGCCAAGCAUGAGCCAACAAGGCAUGAACAAACCAGAUGUGACAAGACCAGAUGCAAGGCAACCAGAUAUGAACCAACCAGGACCAAGCAUGGACCAGCCAGUCGUGAGCAAACCAGACAUGAGUCAACAAGAUUUGAGGCAGCCAGACCCAAGCCAACUGCAUAUGAAACAUCCAGGCACAAGCCAACCAGGCACGAGUCAAGCAGGCCUGAGCCAAACAGGCAUAUGGCAGCCAGGCCCUACUCCUCCCAACAUAAAGCAAAUGAACUCACGACAAUUGGGUUCAGCAUAUCCAGGCAGGAGAUCACCAGAAAUGUGGCAAAUAGACCAAAGCAAUCAGGAAAUGAGACAAUCAGACAUUGUCCAACGAGACACAAGCAAUGCAGGACAGAGACAACCUGACACAUGGAAAACAGAUCCAAAUUAUCCAGGAAUGAAACAACCAGAACCAUGGCAAUGGGAGCCAGGCUCUCCAAGCUUGAGACAAACAGAUGCAUAUCAAUGGAACCCAAGCCAUUUAGGCAAAAAACAUUCAAAUUCACGGCAAACAGGCCUACAUCACCCAGUCAUCAAACAUUUAGAAUUCAAAGAACCAAGUCCCACCGAACGCGGUACGAAACAACAUGACACAUCACAACCAGGCCCUCCUAGUCAAUCAGGUAUGAGACUGCCAAGCCCAGGACUACCAGGUCCCACCCAACCAGAUAUGAGACAAUAUGACACAUGGCAAUCAAGCCAGAACCAACAAGGCAUAAAACAGUUGAGUACUUGGCAACCAGGCCCCAGCUCACUCGGCAAGAGAUUGUCAGGCACAUGGCAAUUGGGCUUUAGCCAACCAGGCAUGAGACAAUCUGACACAUAUCAACUAGGGCCUACUCAUCCAGGUAUGGAAUGGUCAGAUACACAACAACCAGGCCCUAGAAUACCAGAUACAACACAAUUAGACAUGAAACAACUUGGCCACAGCCAUCUAAGUGUGAAAAUUUUAGAUACACGACAAUCAAGCCUCAGUCAACCAGCCAUGGCAAAACCUGACACUUGUCAAUCAGGCCUCAGCCAAUCAGGCAUGAAAGAGUUGGACAUAUGGCAAUCAGGCACCAAUCAACAUGGCACUAAACAGUUGGAUUCAUGGCAAUGGGGUCCCAACUCCCCAAGCAGGAAACAAUCAGGCAAAUGGCCAACAGGGCCCAGCCCUCUAGGUAUGAGACAAUUGGAUUCAUGGCAACCAGGCCCAAGCCAACUGGGCAUGAGGUAUUCAGACUCAUGUCCAUGGGGUCCAUGCCACUCAGCCAUGAGACACUCAGAUUUAUGGCAACCAAGCCAGUCAGGCACAAGACAAUCAGAUGCAUGGCAAACAUGCCCAAGCCACCCUGGCAUGAAACAAUUGGAUACAUGGCAAUCAAGUCCCAGCUUCCCUGGUGUAAGACAAUUAUAUACAUGGCAGCCAAGCCCCAGUUGCUCAAAUACAAGACAAUCAGAAAAAUGGCACCCGGGUCCUAGCAACCCAGACAUGAGACAAACAGAUAUUUGGGAACCAAUACCAAGGCAAUCGAAGACAAGUGCCAGCCAACUGGAAACCGCUCAAUUAGAUGAAAGCCAACCAGACACCACCCAACCAGGCCUAGGAGAAAUGACACCAUCAGAGCCAAGUCCAAGUCAGGCAGAGACAAAAGCCAGCCCAUCAGACACUACCAGCCAAUCAGAAUCAAUUCAAGUAAGCGAAAGUCAACCAAGUAAAAGUCAAUUAGAACCAAGUGAAUCAAGCAUGAGUGAUUUAAGUAAAAAUCAACAAGAAAUGCUCCAAUUACCCAUGAGAAAGACAAACUCUGUUCCUUUCAAAAUAAGACCUGCUGAGCCUCAAGACUGCCCAGAUAUUCUGCGACUGAUCAAAGAAUUGGCUUCCUAUGAAGGUAUGCAAGGAGAAGUAACAUUAACAGAAAUGGAUUUAUUCAGGGAUGGUUUUGGAGAAAAUCCACUUUUCUACUGCCUAAUUGCUGAAGCACCCAGUCAACAGACAGAAUUGGAAGUAAAUACUAUUGGAUUUGCCAUGUACUACUACACAUAUGACCCCUGGGUUGGUAAAACGCUUCACCUAGAGGAUUUUUACAUCAGUGAAGAUUACCAAGGUCUGGGUAUUGGAGGUGACAUGCUAAAGAAACUAAGUCAGAUAGCCAUCAACACCCACUGCAGCGCCAUGCAAUUUCUUGUCGUCAUUUGGAAUCAGGACUCUGUUGAGUACUACAGUCGCCUAGGGGCUUUAGACCUUUCCUGUGAGGAAGGCUGGCAUUUGUUCAGAUUUAACAUCGAAGAUCUCCUGGGACUUGCAGAGGAAGAAUGAAAACACCUAGUAACAACUCAUCCAAAGAUAGGCCUCAACAUUUGAAUGUCACCUUAGAAACAUCGCUUUGACAUUAAAUGUUGUGAAAUAAAGCAAGUGAGCAAAAUACUC